AUGGGCCACGUUUUCCAAGAGUUGGCUGAGAUGAAGCAAGAGGGAGCCCAGUGGCUCUUGAAGAUGCAAAACCGGUGUGGUGGUCAAGCCCUCUUCCAGGAUGUGGCAAAGCCUUCCCCAGAUGAGUGGGGUACAACUCAGGAUGCCAUGGAAACUGCCAUUGCCCUGGAGAAGAACCUGAGCCAGGCCCUUUUGGAUCUGCAUGCCCUGGGUUCCAUCCAUACAGACCCUCGCCUCUGUGACUUCCUGGAGGAGCAGGCAAAACUCAUGAAGGAGAUGGGUGACCACCUGACUGACCUCUGCAGGCUGGCUCACCCUCAGUAUCUCUUACAAAGGUUCACCUUCAGGUACGACUAG